AUGUCGACAACAGGGUUGAAACUAGGCUCCCUUGCAAUUCGCACGCUAGCGAAGCCCAUAGCAAGUCGAAUAAGAGCUCAAGCCCGCGACCACCCCCGCUUCAGGCGUCUAUGCAUAAACAUAGCGCAGCAAAUCCACCGCGUAGACAUGCGUCUCCGCCUCGGUAUCCUGCGGGACUCGGCCGCCAUCGAGAAAGCCGACCAGGCUGAACGCGAAUGGUAUAAGAAGGAAGCCGCCAAGCGAUCGAAGGAGCGAGAGGCAAAACGCCCCACCGCUACAUCAAAUAUACCCCCGAACCUCCCGCUGCCCCCACGCUCGGUUGUGCAUCAUGUCACGGGCGGUGAGGCUGCUGCGGCGAGGGCGGGGAAGGAAUUAUCCAAGAAGCCGCCCAGGAUUAGACCGCUCAGUGAGAAUAAAGCGAUUGAGAACGGCGCAAAUUUCAUCAGCGAGUUUUUCUUAUUUAGCGUUGCUGGAGGUUUGAUUCUCCUCGAGCAGAUUCGGUCCAGGAGGAAGGAGGCGAGCCGGAGGGAUAUGGUUGCUGAUCGGCUAGAGGGGCUCGAGGAGAGGAAUUUAGUAGACGAGGAAAGGUUUAAGAGGCUCGAGGAACAGACAAGAGAGAGCGAAGAUAGGGUAUUGAAGCUCGAGGAGGAGAAUUGGAAGUUGAAGGGCGGAAAGGGGAAGUUUCCUGGGAGAAAAAUCAGUGAAGAUAAAAGGGUUGCGGAAGAGAAAAUGUUGGCUGAAAGGCCUAUCCCCGUCAAGUUUGUCAAAGAGAAGGGAUUCUGGUCCUGGAUUUGGGGGCUCGGAAAAGAAAAGGUGGAGGAGGAUAUCAGAGAACCCCCGGGCAGUACCUUGGAAGCAACCGCGAGGCAGGCCCCCGCGAAAGACGACAGAGAUGAAAAGCCCGGAGUGCUCUUUCUCUCCCAAAUAAUCUCAACAAACCCAACCAAAAAAUAGAACAAGCGAAAAGCAUAAAUCCCCCCUCCGUUCCAACAUACGUUAACUCUACUCGCUAUAAUUUUCCUAUUUAUUUAUCAGAUACAUCAAAUUCUGUACAUAAAGGAAGAGGGAAGCCAUAUAGGGUACUUUUCUCAUGUGCGAA